AUGGAGAACGCUCUUGGUGACGUCCGAUCGUUGCUUCUAGAAACCCUACUUCAGCGUUUGAAGACUGACUCGGUUGUUGCUAAAGAUUCGAGAUCCGUUGAGGAGACGGCAAAAUUGGUGAGAGAGGAGGAUCUCCCAAAAGUGGAGGAGUCCGUACCCUCUCUAUCGAUUGAAAAGUCGGUGACAGAUGACGACACAUCAUGUACUGUGCGAGAGGAACUGGAUUUUACCGGUACAUUCUGCGCCACCAGUACCACCCAGACAGGUCAGGAGAGUCGGCUAUAUGCCUCUUAG